AUGCAGCAGCAGCAGCAGCAGCAGCGGAGGAGGCGGAGGCGGAGGCUGCAGCAGCAGCAGCGGCGGCAGCAGCAGCAACGGCAGCAGCUGCUGCACCAGCAGCAGCGGCAGCAGCAGCAGCAGCAGCAGCAGCAGCAGCAGCAGCAGCAGCAGGCUGAUGCGGGUAGAGCUCCCUGUCGUCUCUGCUGUCUUCCUCCGCAUGCAUUUAUUCGCCUUUGUUUUUAUAUUUCUUUUUGGUGGUUUGUUGCUCUUAGAUUGAAAUCUUUUAAGGCAGCAGAAGCAAAGGAGCUCGCUCGCGAGAAAGAAAGAAGAGAGCAUGGAUGUAUCCUUGCUUCAAGAAAUGCUUUUAAAAGCAGCAACAACUCUUCUGCUGCUGCUGCUGCUGCUGCUGGGGGCCACGGAGAAGAGUACAGCGAUCACUCCAUGGAGACAGAGACAGCAGCAUCCGCACCAGAUGCAGCAGCAGCAGCAGCAGCAGCAGCAGCAGAGGCACCCAACGUCCUUGUACCCUCAGGCAGUUUCAGUCUGCUGCUGGGUGCUCACUUCUCUGCUGCUAUGGGGGCCCCCUUGGGUCGCCUCCUUCCGUCUGUCUCUGCUGCUGAGCUUGUAGGAGAUUUCUUGCUCUCUCAGCAGCAGCAGCAGCAGCAGCAGCAGCAGCACGAGCAGCAGCAGCGGCAGCAGCACGAACAGGAGCAGCAGCAGCAGCAGCAGCAAGAAGUCCAAAACCCUCUACCCUCAAGCCCCACACAUCGAAACACUAAAACAUCAACUACAAACCACACAGCAGCAGUGCAUGCAAUUAGUAGAAGUAGCAGCAGCAGUAGCAGCAACCUGGGGAACCACAAUAGCAACAACUCGGAGGCUCCGCAGCAGCAGCAGCAGCAGCAGCAACAGCAACAGCAACAGCAGCAGCAGCAGCAGCAGCAGCAGCAGCAGCAAGGGGGGUCCCUGCUGCCGCUCUUAGGGCGCGCAUACUCCCAGGGGUGGGGCCCCGGGGGCCCCAGAGAGUUUCGAUUGAGUUCUAUUAAAGAGCGUAGCAACAGCAGCAGCAGCAGCAGCAGCAGCAACAGCAACAGCAGCAUCAAGAGCAGGAGUAAGAUAAUGGUCGCCACACAUUCUUUAUCCCGGGGCUUAGUUAAGGCGAAGAAGCUGCUGAGGAGACAUAAAAAAGCAGAUGAAAAGCAAGAAGACGAGAAGCGGGGAGACAGCAGCAAUAUAGACACAGACGGAGACAGAGAGAAUAAAGUAACAAAGAGCUUCUCUCUACUGCCUGCUGGAGACAGCAGCAGCCCAAACUCCUCCCCACACACUGAGUCCCCUCCACAGCAGCAGCAGCAGCAGCAACAACAACAACAACAGCAACAGCAGGAGCAGCAGCAGCAGCAACAGCAGCAGCAGCAGCAGCUGCUGUCUCCAGAGCUAGCGCAGGCCUUGCUGCUGCUACACGAAGGAGGCGAGCGGCAGGUAGGAAUUGCAGAGUUGGUGCAGAAGCCGGGAUCGAGGGGAUCGGGAUCGGGAUCGUCUCUGCUAGUAUCGUCUCCCCUGGGAUCGUCUCUUCUGGGAUCGUCUCCAAUGGCACCGGGAUCGACCCGUGUGGGGUCGUCUCCCCCGGGAUCGUCUCCUCCGGGAUCGGGAUCGUCUCCCCUGGGAUCGUCUCCUCUGGGAUCGGUUACCGAAGUGGUGCUCCCAGAUUUGGCUCUCGGACUCACAACGGAGACAGAUGAAGUGUCUGUAGCAAAUACAGCAGCAACAACAGCAACAGCAGCAACAGCAGCAACUGCAGCAACAGCAGCAACAGCAGCAACAACCACAGCAGCAGAAACAGGAGCAAAAACAGCUGCUGCUGCUGCAUUAAAUGAAAUAAUUAAUAAUGGUGCAAGAACUAGCUACAACACCUGCAGCAGCAGCAACUGCAGCAGCAGCAGCAGCAGCAGCAGUGAGGCUAGCAGCAGUAGCGGCUGCAGCCUCGAAAGCAGCAGCGGCUGCAGCAUCGACAGCAGCAGCAGCAGCAGCAACAGCAGCAGCGGCACUAGUAGCAGCACCGCCACAACCAGCAGCAGCAGCAGCAACAAGAACAACAGCAGCAGCAGCAGCAACACCACCUGCUGCAUGGUUAGGGGUACGUGCUUCUUGGGGGGCCCCCUUCGUCAUCUCUUAGGGGCCCCCACCCCUCCUUCCUCAUCUUUGGGGGCCCCCCAUCUUGUUCAGGGGGCCCCAAUAUCUUCAAGGGCCCCCCUUUGUGCUUCUCAGCACCACCUUAACUCUUCCAUAGUUAAGGGGCCCCCUUCGGGGCCCCCUGUCCUGGGGGCCCCCACCUUGGGGGCCCCUUCUUCACUUUCUUCUGCUGCGGGGGCCCCCCAUGUCGCUCCCUCUCCCUCUCUGAGGGGCCCUCAUAACCCUCAUGAAGGACCCCCUACCGCUGGGGGCCCCCCUACGAGUGGGGGCCCCCCUGAGUGCCUUGUUGGGGGCCCCCUUGGGGGCCCCCCUGGGGGCUCUUUUGGGGGUCCCCCUGGGGGCCCUUUUGGGGGCCCCCCUGGGGGCUCCCAUGGAAGCCCCAAUGGAGGGCCCCCAGGGCCCCCAAGGCCCCCAGGGCCCCCUGGGGGGCCCCCGGGGGCGCCCCCAGCGUUCUUUUGGCGGCGCCCUGUGCACCGUCAGUACCCUGUUGAAGCUGGGGGCCCCUGGGGGCCCCCGAGGGGCCCCCAGUCAGGUAUUAGAGGGGGUAAGGAGGGGCCCCAUUGGGAUAGCUCUGGGGGCCCCUUGGGGGAGGUGAGUUUAGCGAUUGAGGGGUUGAGGAGAGAAGGGUAUCCAGUGCCGCAGUGCUUGCUGAGGGGGCCCCCUGAGGGGGCCCCCAGGGGGCCCCUGCGGGAGCUGAACGUACUUCUAACUGCUGCCUUGACGAGGGCCCCAUCUCCUCAUGCUUUGUUUGUUUUGUUGUGGAGGUACAGCAGAUUCAUUACCCCUGCAAAUGCUGCUGCUGCAAUAAACAGACUUGUGCAGCUGCUGCAGCCAAAGGGAGCCCAGCAGCAGCAGCAGCGGAAGCGGCAGCAUCAGCAGCAGCAGCAGCAGGUGCUGCAGAAUCCUGUGCUGCAGCAGCUGCUGCUGCAGCUGCUGAGGAAGGGCCUCUUUAAGCUGCGAAGCCGACACCUGGCUAUGGCAGCGGGCGCCCUUGCGUCUCUCUGCCGCCUGCAGCAGCAGCAACAGCAGCUGCAGCAGCAGCAGCACGACCAACAGCAGCAGCAGCAGCCCGACCGGCAGCAGCAGCAGCAGCAGAAGCAGCAGCAGCAAGCUGCCAACGUACUAGAUUCACCUCUUGUUGUUUUGGGGGCCCUGAUCAGGGCCUCUCUAAACCCUAGGGGGCCCCUCAGUCCCCCUGCAUGCAGCAGCUUAGCCUGGGCAGCCACAACUCUAAAUCUGCUGCAACAGCAGCAACUGCAGCAGCAGCAGCAACACUACCAGCAACUGCAGCAGCAAUUCCAGCAACAGCUGCACCAGCAGCAUCUAGUGCAGCAGCAGCAAUAUCAAUUGCAGCAGCAGCAGCAGCAGCAUCCACUGCAGCUGCAGCAGCAGCAGCUUUACCUUCUGCAUCAGCAGCUGCAGCAGCAGCACUACCACCUGCAGCAGUUGCAGCAGCAGCAGCAGCCUCUGCAGCAGCAGCUAGGGGUCCUCUUGUCAGAGCUGCGCCUCCGUCUGCUGCACCUCCUUCAAGGGGGGCCCCCAGGGGGCCCUCCUGAAGGUGCCUAUACACCUGAAACCCCUCAAGAGUGCAUGCAGCCCCGAGACAUCUGCACAGUACUGUGGGCCUCAGCAAAAGCCAAUGCUUGGGGGCCCCCUGGGGGCCCCCAGGGGGCCCCUGACAAGGAGACUCUAGCGCUGUUAGAGGCAGUCUUUAGCCUUGAUCAGCAGCAGCAGCAGCAGCAGCAACAGCAGCAACAGCAGCAGCAACAGAAGCAGGGGGACCAAAAGGUGCAGCUGCAGAAGCAGGAGCAGCAGAGGGAGCAGCAGCAGCAGCAACAACAGCGUGACAAGCAGCAGCGACAGCAACAGGAGCAGCGAGAGGAGGAGGAGGAGCAGCAGCAGCAGCAGCAGCGGGAGCAGCAGCAGCAGCAGCAGCGGGAGCAGCAGCAGCAGCAGCAACAGCAACAGGAGAUGGAAGAGGCCGACUUGCAUAUGCUUGCUGAAGUACUGCGUGUCUUGCCUUCAUCUGUAAAUAUAAAUUUUGUUGUUUUGUUUGCUGCUGCUACCCGCAGCAAACUCAGAAGAGGCAUAUCAAAGGAGACAGUUGCUGCACUUCAGUCUAUAAACUGUCUCCUUCAAACCCUAAACCCUAAACCCUCAAACCCUCAGCACAACGCUGAUAGGGCCCCCACAGGGACAACAGUAGGGGCCCCCACAGGGGCCCCCGUAAGCGCAAAUAUAGGGGCCCCCACAGGGGGCCCCAUAACUGCGAACGUAGGGGCCCCCACAGGGGCCCUCAUAGGGGCCCCCAUAGGUGCAAGCGUAGGGGCCCCCAUAGGGGCCCCCCUAGGGGCCCCCAUAGGGACAACAAUAGGGGCCCCCAUAGGGGCCCCCAGAGAGGCCCCCACGGGGGCCCCAACAGGGGCCCCCAGAGAGGCCCCCAGAGGGGCCCCAACGGGGGCCCCCACUGGGGCCCCUACAGGGGCCCCCAUAGGGGCCCCCAUAGGUGCAAACAUAGGGGCCCCCAUGGGGGCCCCCGUAGGGGCCUCCAGUACCCUCUUUAUAAAGGGGGCCCCACUGGGGGGCCCCCAUAAAGGAGACGAUGUGGGGAUAGCAGACAAAGCGCUGCAGCAGCUCUAUACCGACGCAAACAAGCAGCUUGCUGCAGAAGCAACAGCUGUUGCUGCUGCUGCUGCAGCUGCUGCAACAGCAACAACUUCCGAGGAAAAAGCAACAGGGGCAGCAGCAGGCAGAACAACAAUCACAGGAGCACCAGAAGCAGCAGCAGCAACAGCAGCAACAACAGCAAUAGCAGCAGCAGCAGC